UCCGCUCAGCUUAGCAGCGGGACACUGGCAACAGGCACUCCCUGCUCCAGCCCAGCCUGCACACUCCGCCACCGCUAUGGUCUCCGUGCCCACUGCCUGGUGCUCCGUCGCUCUAGCCCUGCUUGUGACCCUGCACGAAGGGAAGGGCCAGGCUGCUGCCACCCUGGAGCAGCCAGAGCCCUCACCCCAUGCCCGAGGCGCCCACCUGCGGCUUCGCCGUUGCUCCUGCAGCUCCUGGCUCGACAAGGAGUGCGUCUAUUUCUGCCACCUGGACAUCAUCUGGGUGAACACUCCCGGACAGACAGCUCCUUACGGCCUGGGAAACCCGCCAAGACGCCGGCGCCGCUCCCUGACAAGGCGCUGUGAGUGCUCCAGCAUCAGGGACCCCGCCUGUGCCACCUUCUGCCAUCGAAGGCCCUGGGCUGAAGCCGGGGCAGUCCCAAGCGGCAAGUUCCCUGCAGACGCACUCCAGACUGGGAAGACAUGGGCCACUGCAGGAGAGCUCCUCCAGAAGCUAAGGGAUAUUUCUGCAGCCAAGAUCCACUUUGCCAAGCGACAGCAGGAGGCGACAAGGAGGCCCAGGCCCACACACUCCAGGUGGAGGAAGAGAUAGUGCUGUGAGCUGGAGGAACGUUGGGAAGGAAGCCUGUGGGGACACAGGGGAGAGGAGCCCCUCUGCCUGCUUCCUGGGCCAGGGUCUCGGUCCCAGCCAGCCGGACUCACUUGCGGGGCUUGGCACAAGCUCUGGCCUCCCUCAAGGCAGCUCCGUGGUGGUGUCACAGUGCCCAGAAAAGCCCUCGGCCUCCCAGCGCCGCUGCUGGUGCACAGCCCUGCUGAAAGGAACUGCGUGGGAGCGCGUUAAUUGGGAGGCUGCGUCCUGGGGACAGUCCUGUCUACUGGGCUACAAACCAGGAACGACCACGCAGCCAGGGACACUCACGCCUAAGCCAGCCCUGGAGGCUGGAUGGGUCCUCCAGGAGCCAGUGUCCCGGCUGGCCCUGUCUGUCCUCUCCAUCCCUCCCUCCCCAGGGAGGAGGGUACCCUCUUACCCUUGGGACUCCUGGUGAGAAGGACCUGCUCUGCUUUACCCAUCUGUAUAUAACGUAUUUGCUCUAAGAACUUUGAGAAUCCCAAUUAUUUAUUUAAUGUAUUU